AUGUCGCAGGCGUCGCAGCGGCUCGCGCCGUGGCGUCCCAAGCCCGGCGCGCGCGUCGCCGAGAUGCUCGCGAGGGCGCGCGAGGCGUUCGAAGCCUCCGCGAACGACGCCGCCGACGACGACGCGAGCCGCGAGCCGCCCAUGAUCCUUGUCGCGAGGAAGGGCCCGACGUCGUUCGCGGUGCACGAGCGCGGAGGGCGCGCGCCGUUCGUCCUCUCGCUCGGCGCCGCGCAGACGUGCUCGUGCGGCGGCGGCCUGCGCGCGGGCCCGGCGGCGGCGAACACUUCGAGGCUCCUCGCCGAGGCUCGAAGACUCGCGGGGGGUGCCCCAUCAUCGUCGUCUGUUGACGCCCCGGAAAUCUGCGCGCACAUCCUCUUCGUGAUGACCAAGGUGCUCAGGGUCCCGAGGUCCAACCCGAUCGUGUGGCAGGUGUCGUUGGUGGACAGGGAGCUCGACGAGGCGCUGCGGUGCGAACGGGGCGGCGCGAGACGACGACGCGAGACAAACCCGACGUUUUUUUCGCCCAACCGACCCCAAACCGACGACGCCAAAUCGUCAUCAGCGCCAUCCCUCGGCGACGCCGCCGCCUUCCCGGCGCCGCGACCGCUGGAUCCGCACGAGCCGUGCCCCAUAUGCUACGACCCCAUGCGUCACGAGGACGUCGCUAAUGGGCGCACGGUGCACUGCGUCCACGGGUGCGGGCGAAGCGUCCACGGCCGAUGCCUCAAAGCGCUCCAGACGCACAUAGCUCAGACGCAGACAUCUAAUCGCGGGGCGCUGACGUGCCCGAUGUGCCGACACGCGUGGGGCGCGUUCGAGUGGCCGCGCACGCGUGGGUCGACGCGUGGACAUGCGACGCGUGGACGUGUGACACGUGGGAUGACACGUGGCGUAUCGUGCGGCGGGUGUCGCGUCGUCGUUCGCGGGGUCCGUUUUGACUGCGCAGCGUGCGAGUCGUUUCACCUCUGCGAACGAUGCUUCGACGCCGGGACGUGCCACGUGGCGCACGCGUUCGAGCGCGUCGACGAGGCGGCGGGUGGGGUCGGGGCGGACGGCGUGCCGGUGGAGCGGCCGGAGGGAGCGAGGGGGGGAGGCGGCGGGCGGGGGGGCGAGGAGACGGCGCGGCGGCGAAGGCGGCGAAGGCCCGCGCCUGUCGCACACGCAAACGCAAACGUAGGCGCAAACUCGAGAGGCGGGGGGGCGCGAGCGGCGGCGGAGGAAGGCGACGCGGCGGGGUUGAGCCUGCGGGGGACGUCGCUCGGGCUCAGCGCGAGGCGCGGCGAGGCGGAUGGCGGAUCGUCGGGUUGGGGGACGCGGAUUUAGAAAUUAGGACUGUCAAGCAAGAGUUUGUGUUU